GCAGAUAUGUUGUAUGUCAUGCUUCCGGAAUAUCUCGUGUGGGGCUAUUGUUUCAGUCCAGGAAAAUCAAUCUAUUUUCAGUGAAACUGUAAAUAUAUAGUCAAGCGUAUUGUGUCGAGGCUAACAAUACCACCGUGGCCCCUGGUGUCGACAAUGGCCCACCUGACACAGAGCGAGAGAGAACGUUAUACUAAACUGUUUCUCCGAGUUGACACCAAUGGCGACGGCUGGCUGAACCUUACAGAGUUGUCUGUCCUUUGUGAAGUUCUCGGUUACAAGCUUGAUCAAUCUAAGAUACAGUCCCUGUUCACUUCGUUGGACACAGACAAGAACUUGAAGGUGACCUUGGACGAGUUUCUGGCUGCCAUGCCAAAAAUCGAGCCCAAAGAGAGGAAAUGCGCCAACCUGAGACGCCUCUUCACAUUGGCAGACACAAACAAGGAUGGCCUCUUAUCAGCAGAUGAAUUGUCACGGAUUCUGACGACUGGGGACACGCCACUAGCUGAGGAUAAAGCGAAGCGACUCAUAGCUCGGGUUGACAAAGACGGAGACCAUCAGCUCGACUAUGAGGAGUUCCUGAAACUGAUCGCUCUUAUGUAUUAGACAACUUCAGAAUAUCAAUCAGAAUAUCAACUUCAGAAUAUCUUCACAAUAUCAUAAAUCAUCAUCAUCAACUACAGAGUUGUAUGUAGCUUCUUGCAUUUAAUUGACGACGUCCAUGACACAACUGAUCAACAUAUAAAUUAACACUGGCCUCUUUUAAGUGUUGUAAAGCCAAAAUAUUAUGCUUACAUUUUAGUGAAACACUGUCUUUAGACGUGUGCAUUUGUUUUCGGGUGUUGAAGCAUGAUUUCAUUUUAUUUUAAAACAAAAUAUGGCAAAUAAACAUAUUACAUAAGUUAA